AUGACCAAAGAAACAUUAUUCUACCAGUUCGCUGUGGACUCACAGGUCUUCUUCAGAUCCAAAUAUACCUAUGCAUUAGUCAACCUCAAACCGCUAGUUCCGGGUCACGUUCUCGUGGUGCCCUUGAGAACCACUGCUCUUCGUUUUGGUGACUUGACUCCAUCUGAGUCGCUGGACUACAUGACAUCGUUGCAGCUCAUACAGGGACUCAUAAGAAAGGUUUACAAAGCGGAUGCACUCAACAUUGCCAUCCAAGACGGACCCGAAGCCGGCCAGCUGGUUCCUCAUCUCCACACUCACUUGAUUCCUCGUUUCAAGACAGACGGUUACGGCGAUGGAAUAUACCUGAGAUUGGAGAAAAUCGACUUGGAGGCGGCCUACAAGGACUUCUUUGCUCGUAAGGCGCAAUUCCAAAAAGACGGUGCGUUCAAAGCACCAGAUGACGAUUCUAGAGAGCCCAGGACUGAGGAGGUCAUGAGCAAGGAAGCUGAGUACUUGAAGGCAGAGCUUGAAAAGUACCAGCAGGAGUUGGUUAAGGGAGAGGAGAAGUUUUGA